UGAUGCUCGCAAUAAGUAAGCGCAUGCGCUUUUGCAGGCAAAAGUUGGGUCUCAUGAGGACCGGUGCCAGUUCUCCAGGGACGACCUGCGCCUGGGCUCAUGGUAAUGACUCCCCGUAAGCCUUAUUUUCAGUGCCAGUUCCCCAAAGAUAAUAAAAUCCUCGAGCUUCACCAAUAAAAAAGACUGAAGCCCAUCACCAGGACCACCACCCACCGCAUAAAGGAAUAAAAGCAUCACCAACUCUGAAUCGAAGAGCACCAUAGUUUCAUUCAGAGCUUCUCUUCUUCAAUGGCAGAGACAAGGAGAAUGGGCGAGCUGGUGAAGAGAAACAAACAAAUCCAGCAACCAGCCGAACAGGAAGCAGAGAGUCCAUCUUCUAGAAGAGCCCUUAGAAGUUUCUUUACCUGCAAAGACUACGAAGCAGCAGAAGGCGGCAGAAAGAAGUCUAAGAAGAUCGGAUGCUCGGGGUCUUUUUGUAACCUUAGGGACAACUCCAGGGUCAUGCAGAGGCCGGAGAUCGGUUCACCCGAGCCUUGCAAAAGAAGAGCUUCGGUCAGUGGCUGCACUACUGCUGAGAGAACCAAGAAGAAGCCUCUAAGCGAGAUAAAUGGUGUUGCUUCCAAAUCCUCUUCUCACUCAUCUGCCUCUGCGGCUGCCUCCUCCUCUUCAUCUCUUGGUGGGUCCUUCAGAGGAAUGCAUCUAAGGAGGCUUUCUGGGUGCUACGAGUGUCAUAUUAUGGUAGAUCCCAUAAAUGGGGUGUCAAGAGAUUCUUCUCUGAGGACGACCAUCUGUACCUGCCCUGACUGUGGGGAGAUCUUUGGGAAACCUGAGAUUCUGGAGCUUCACCAGGCGGUUAGACACGCUGUUUCAGAAUUAGGUCCCGAGGACACUAGUAGAAACAUAGUAGAGAUCAUAUUCCAGUCAAGUUGGCUCAAGAAACAAGCACCAAUAUGCGAGAUAGACAGGAUCCUCAAAGUCCACAACACUCAAAAGACAAUCGCAAAAUUUGAAGAUUACAGGGACUCCAUAAAAAGUAAAGCCAGCAAGCUUGCAAAGAAGCAUCCGAGGUGCAUCGCAGAUGGCAAUGAGCUCCUAAGGUUCCACUGUACCACAUUUUUGUGCUCCCUCGGCCUGAAUGGGACCACCAACCUGUGUGACUCGAUCCCGUACUGCAAUGUCUGCAGCAUUAUAAGGAACGGAUUCAAGGGUGAUGUGCUUGGAAGGAUCCGAACAAUGGCAACUAGUGGGAGAGCACAUGACACUGCUCAGAUUUCUUCAGAUGAUGAGAAGAGGGCAAUGUUGGUAUGCAGGGUGAUUGCAGGGAGAGUGAAAAGAAACCAAGAUGCUUUGGAGGAGUGUGAUUCGGUAGCUGGCACUGCAGGAAUUUACGCAAAUUUGGAUGAGCUCUUCGUGUUUAAUUCAAAAGCUAUUCUGCCUUGUUUUGUUGUGAUUUACAGGGGUUUCUAGCCUUAUCAGUACAAAUUUUCCAUGGAGUAUUAUAACCUCACAUGUUUGUAUUGUUCCUGAAACUCUUGUGCUGUUGCUAAUCAAAUGCAACAAUUUUGAGCUGCAUUCAGUUUGAGAGCACAGGAAUGUAAAACAUUCUCCUUUCUCCUCUAAUCUUAAUUAAGUGCAGGUUCUUCUACUUUA